AUGAAUAAUAAUUAUUAUAAUGACAGAAUAGACAGUAAUAAUAAUAAUAAUUAUAAUCACACACAUAAUUUAGAAUCAAUUACAAAAACAGAUAUAGAUAAUAAUAAUAAAAAUGAAAUAUUAUUUUUUUCAGUGUGGAGAAACAAGUAUCUAUUAAAUGAAAUACAAAGACAUCACAGGUUAUAUAAUGAAAAUAAAAUAAUAAAUAUUGACAAAUCAAUGGAUCAACUUAGAUACCAUCCACAUAGAAGAUAUGCAACAGAAAUUAUAAUUGAUGUUGAUGAACCAUUAGAACCACAUGGUCAAUUAAUACCCUAUGAAUCAAUCGCUGAACUAAGCAUGAACAAAUUUGAUCACCCAUUAUCCAACUCUGUAUCAGCACUACAUUCAUUAAAAUUACUCUCUUUACCAAGGUUUAAUCAAGAGAUAUCAAUCCAAACAUUUCCACACUCAAUCGAAACAUUAUUAUUUAAUAGUUUUAAUAAAGUUAUAAAACCAAAUGUACUUCCACCAUCAAUAACUAGAUUCAAUUUAGAUGCAUAUAACCACCCACCUUCAGAUGAAAUAAAACCAAAUGAACUUCCAUCAAUAAAAAUUCUCUCUUUAAAUAAAUAUAACCACCCACUUUCAGACGGUGUGCUUCCAGAAUCAAUCACUGUACUACGUAUGGGAAACUUUAAUCACCCGUUAUCCAACUCUCUAUUAACACUACAUUCAUUAAAAGUACUCGAUUUACCAUUGUUUUAUCAAGUUAUAAAACCAAAUGAACUUCCACCAUCAAUAACUGAGCUCAUUUUAAAUGCAUAUAACCACCCAUUAGAACCACAAGUAAUACCGUCAAACGUGGAAAAGUUAAAGUUAACAUCAUACAAUUGUAAUCUUGGUAAACAUUUAUUCCCAAAUACUUUACAACAUUUAGUUAUAUCAAACCAUUCAAAAGAUUUAUUUGAAAAUGAUUUACCAUCAUCAAUUACAGAACUGUAUUUCGAAUCUAAUAUUGGUUAUACUUUAAAUCCAAUUCGAUUUCAAACUCAUUCAAUACCACCAUCAGUAAAAAAAUUAAUACUCCCAAUUAACCAUUCCCAACCUCUUCAAGUCGGUACUAUACCCAAUUCAGUAGUAGAUUUACAGCUACCCAAAUACUAUUCCCACCCUCUUCAAGUAGGUGUAUUACCAGAAUCUCUCACUAAACUUACCUUAAGAAAAGGAUUUAAUCAACCUAUAGACCCAGCUACCAUUCCACAAUCUGUUACUCAAAUAUCAUUACCUAAUAAUUAUAAACGCCCAAUUCCAAAAUCUUUAUUAAAUAUAAAAUUAAAUACUAGAGAUUAA